UAUGCAAAGUGGAAGAUCAAAACAUUUCAACGCAGAAGCCCAUUAACCCCCCCGCCUUUCAUGAACGCGAUCGCAAACCUGUUCUCGUAUCAAUGUAUACGAAAUCGCCACGUGACUUGGGACUUGGAACGUCCGCUUAAAUGCUAUAUCCUUGCCAUUGACCUCUGUUGCCUGAUUUUACCAACAGCUGCCAAAAAGCAACACAGGGCCAGCUCAGAAAUAUCCAUGGACCCGCUCUCUAUCGCCGCAAGUUGCCUUACUCUAAUUGCAGCUGUAGGGAACAGUACUCGCUACAUAACCAACUUUGUAGUCAGCUGCCGGGAUGCCCGUCAGGAUCUCGCCGCCAUAUCCCGCGAGCUUUCGGAUCUGGACAUGACGCUUCACAUCUUGAAAGAUGAUACACAAGCAAAUGGGCCGAACCAGCUUCCAGAGGACCUGCGGCAACGCAUUUGUGAUAUCAUGGGGAACUGCAAGAGCGUGCUUGUUGAAUUGGAGACGUUGCUUGGAAAGUACGACGGCGCGGGGCUCGAGCGCGCGGCUCGGUGGGCGCUGUCAGGCCGGAAAGAUGCAGAGAAGAUACGUUCGUCUCUUGGGGCGCACAAGGGAGCACUGGGUCUUGUAGUGGAAGCGACAACACUACAUAUGACAACGGCAACCGCGGCCGAGACAAAGAAGGUUUCCAAGGACACAUCCUUGAUCAAAGAGUAUACGAUGAAAAUUGUAGAGCAACUUGCCAAACAGGAUCAGAUUCUGGAGGACAUCGCAUGGAUUAGGGCGGUGGUGUCUCAGAGGGCCACCAGUGACCAAGAGAGGACUCUGGUAAUGGAUAAAUACCUCGACAGCGUGACUGACUAUGCUGGUUCCAUGUGUGGAGACUCCGUGUCGGACGACGUCGCGGAAGAGAUGCGCUGCUUGUCACUGGAGGCUCCCACAAGCAGCCGUGACAGCAGCAACAUGUUGUCCAACCGGGUCGAACCAUCUCCGUUUCCCUCAUAUGAGACUCCUGAUUCCAUGACGAUUGUUCUUGGUAAUACUCAUCGACUGGUGGAACCGCAGCCUGAUUACGGUUUGGGAAAUAAACAUAUCUGGUCCUUCUAUCUCAGGGCAUCUGGGGAGGAAAUAAUCCAAGAAGUGAAGGUACAUCUGCAUCCGACUUUUGUGCCAUCCGAGCUUCGGUUGACAAGCUCUCCUUACAGAGUUACUCGUAUUGGCUGGGGCAUCUUUAUGAUUCGAGUGACCAUUGUCCUGAAACCAGGGUAUCUGUGGCAAAAUGGAAAUGGUAGAUCAUUGAAGAUUGGGUGGAAACUUGAUUUCAAUGGAUUUGGUAGCUCGGCUUCUCACGAGUAUGCUGUUACCAUUGAGAAAGAUAUGGGUCUGAGUUGA